AUGUCUUCAUUCUCGAAUAUCACCUACAGCGACACGGAGCAAGCCGAGAUCAACCAAUGGCUCACAACCUCCGACCGUCUCAAAUCCAGCAGCAGCAAUGACCAGAAAUCCCUCCUCGACACGCUGAACACCCAUCUCGCAUCUCGCACCACGCUACUCGGCGCGAAGCCCUCCAAAGCCGAUAUCUCCCUGUAUCAAAGCCUCGCACCGCAAGUCUCUCAAUGGACCGCCGAGCAGCGGACAGGCGAGCAAGGCCGCCCCCAUAUCGUCCGACUUCUUGAUUUCGUGCAGAAUUCCUCGAUCUUCGGCCUCCAGAUCCCAGAUGCGGAGAGAUUCAAGGUCGAUCCCGAGGAGAUCCUCUACGUAAAGCCGCCUGUUGACGCGAAGGCCGAGAAGGAGCGCUUGAAGAAGGAGAAAGCUGCUGCGGCUGCGGCAGCUGGAGGAGAGGAUGCUGCGCUUCCUGAUAGGACAAAGGGCAAUAAGGGGGAUAAGAGCGUUGGUGAGAAGGAUGCUGCUGUUGCUGCUGUGGCCGGAGGAGCAGCCGCGGCGGCAGCAGGUCAGGAACCGCAGCAGAAGAAGAGAGAGAAAAAAGAGAAGGCGCCUAAACCACCCAAGGCUCCUGCGGUUACGGCACCUCUGUCCCCAUCGCUCAUUGAUCUGCGCGUCGGACAUAUCCUGAAGGCUAUCAAGCACCCCGAAGCAGAUUCCUUGUAUGUGUCUACCAUUGCUAUGGGCGAUAAGGCCGGCACCGAUGAUACAUCUGAGUAUGAGGGCCAGGUCGUCCGGACUGUUUGCUCUGGAUUGAACGGUCUGGUGCCGCUGGAGGACAUGCAGGGACGCAAGGUUGUGGUUGUUUGCAACCUUAAGCCUGUCAAGAUGCGUGGCAUUAAGUCCUCGGCCAUGGUUCUAGCCGCCUCGCCGAGGCUUAAGGAGGGUGAGGUGGAUAACCAUGCGGGACCCGUCGAGUUGGUGGCGCCUCCGCCGGAUGCGAAGGCUGGGGAGAGGGUCUACUUCGAGGGAUGGAAGGGUGAGCCCGAGGGGAUGCUGAAUCCCAAAAAGGGUCGUGUUUGGGAGACGAUUCAGCCUGGAUUCAAGACCACAUUGAAUUUGGAGGUUGUGUUCGACGCAGGUAUGGUGAAGGAGCUGAGCAAAGAGGGAGAGGAGCCAAAAACUGGCCGGGGAAAAAUGAUCACAGAGAGCGGGGGAAUGUGCACGGUUAAGAGCUUGGUAGAUGGGAUCGUUAGGUAA